AUGACCACCGCGUCCUUCCUUCCUUCAGAUGUCAAAAGCAGCCCCGAGUGUCACCCCCGUUCCUCUUCAAUGGACGUCGGUGCGCGCGUAUGGGUCGCCGAUUCGGCCGACGAGAGCGUGUGGCUCGCGGCACGAGUACUCGAGGUGCGUCAAGCCGCCGUGACUCUCGAGCUCGAGAUUCGACGAGAAGAAGAACCGGCAACGUCGCGCUUCAAACACCGCGGCUCGUAUGAUGACGACGACGCCUCCCAAUCCAAUCGCCGAGAUGUGGCUCUGACCUUUGGACCCUCGGGUGAGGGCAUAAACGUACUGCCACGCAACAUGCCGCGCGAGCAAGACCAGCGCGACCUAGUGGCCCUCCCGCAUCUACACGAGGCCUCGAUCCUUAAUGCACUGCGACUGCGCUACGAACGUCACGCCAUCUACACACACAUCGGCGACAUCCUCAUCUCCAUCAACCCCUUCCAAGACCUCCCGCAACUCUACGGCGACGAAAUACUGAAGGGAUACGCCUACGACCACAACUCGCCGUUCGGCGACCGUGUGACAACCACAGAUCCGAGAGAGCCGCAUCUCUUCGCCGUAGCUCGUGCAGCCUACAUUGACAUUGUUCAAAACGCACGUAGUCAAUCUAUCCUCAUUAGUGGCGAGAGCGGUGCAGGCAAGACGGAAGCCACUAAGAUCAUCAUGAUGUACUUUGCCGUCCAUUGCGGUACUGGCAACACUUUGGCAGAAACCACGUCACCCCCACCCUCGCCGUCCCGUACGACGAUUGAAGAGCAAGUUCUGCAGUCCAACCCGAUUCUGGAGGCCUUCGGUAACGCUCGUACAGUACGAAACGACAACAGUUCGCGGUUCGGCAAGUUCAUCGAGUUGCGCUUCCGGGACGAGCGCCGGAAACUCGCAGGUGCUCGAAUCCGGACGUACUUAUUGGAGAAGAUCCGAGUCAUCAAACAAGCUGCUCACGAACGCAACUUCCACAUUUUCUAUGAGCUGCUGAGUGCAGACAACAAUUGCGUGAGUAAAGAACAGAAACAAGUGCUGGCGUUGAGUGGUGGACCGCAAAGCUUCCGUCUUCUGAACCAGAGUUUGUGCUCCAAGCGACGUGACGGUGUCAAGGAUGGCGUACAGUUCCGGUCCACUAAGAGAGCCAUGCAACAACUUGGUAUGAGUGAACGGGAGAUCGGCAGCGUGUUGGAGAUCGUGGCCGCAGUGCUACAUAUGGGCAAUGUGGACUUUGAACAAGUAUCACACAAGGGAGACGACAACGCGUUUGCUGACGAAGCCCGUGUCAUGCAUUCCUCGACUGGUGUGUAUGAUCACUUCACUAAAGCCGCAGAGUUGCUGGGAGUGUCGACAGAGGCGCUAGAUCAUGCGCUGACCAAGCGUUGGAUUCAUGCCUCCAACGAGACGUUGGUCGUGGGAGUCGACGUGGCCCAUGCACGCAACACGCGCAAUGCGCUGACUAUGGAGAGCUACAGACUUUUGUUUGAGUGGCUUGUUGCUCGCGUUAAUAACAAACUGCAACGGCAGGCGAGUGAUCCGUGGGAUGCUGAUGACAGUGAUGUUGACGACGAAGAAGACUCGGCGGAUUUCAUCGGUCUGCUGGAUAUCUUUGGCUUUGAAGACAUGGCCGAGAAUUCCUUCGAGCAGCUCUGUAUCAACUACGCCAAUGAGGCAUUGCAACAUCAGUUCAACCAAUACAUUUUCGAGGAGGAGCAGCGGCUGUACCGCGACGAAGGGAUCCGUUGGAGCUUCGUGGAUUUCCCUAAUAACCGUGCGUGCCUCGAGCUGUAUGAACACCGACCAAUCGGUAUUUUCUCGCUUACAGACCAGGAGUGUGUCUUCCCUCAAGGCACUGACCGGGCUCUUGUGGCUAAAUACUAUCUGGAGUUUGAGAAGAAGAAGACUCAUCCGCAUUUCCGCUCGGCUCCACUGAUCCAGCGCACGACACAGUUCGUAGUAGCUCAUUAUGCUGGCUGCGUCACCUAUACUAUUGAUGGGUUCCUUGCGAAAAACAAGGAUUCUUUCUGUGAGAGUGCCGCUCAAUUGCUGGCGGGGUCGUCCAACCCUCUCAUCCAGGCUCUAGCUGCUGGAUCGACCGAUGAAGACGCCAAUGGAGAUAGUGAGUUGGAUGGCUAUGGUGGUAGAACACGUCGACGCGCCAAGUCGGCUAUUGCAGCGGUUAGUGUGGGGACGCAAUUCAAGAUUCAAUUGAACGAGUUGCUGAGCACUGUCCGUGCCACGACGCCUCGAUAUGUGCGCUGUAUUAAACCGAACGACUCUCAUGUGGGCUCAUUGUUCCAAAGCACGCGUGUUGUCGAGCAGCUACGCAGUGGCGGUGUUCUUGAAGCAGUGAGAGUUGCGCGUGCGGGAUUCCCUGUGCGUCUUUCACACAAGCAGUUCCUCGGACGGUAUCGGCGUGUGCUGCUCUCGCUCUACAAGUGGGGGGACAAUGACUUUGAACGGAAGCACAGGAACUGGAGUGAACUUGACUUGUGUCUACACCAACUCACACAAGUUCUUCUUGUCGAUGAAGAGCUGGAACAAGGAGCUGAGGAUGAGGAGGAUCGCCAGAUGCGCUGUGGUGUUAGUCUCGGCAAGACUCGCGUCUUCUUCCGUCGCAAACCGUACGAGAAGCUGGAGAAUGUGCGCGUAGCUGUUCGACAGAGUGCCAGUCUAAUUCUCCAACGACACGUCAGAGGGUUUGUGGCUCGACGUAGCUACAGACAUCUUCGUCAAGCUGCGAUCGCCAUGCAAGCGCGUGUGCGAGGACGUCGUGCCUACAGGAUGGUGUGCUGGAUGCGUGCGAUGCAACAAGCGCGAGUGCUGCAGUCGAGAAUGCGCCAGAUUUGUGCGCGAAGCAGAUUUUUACGAGCACGUGCAGGAGUGCUGGCAGUGCAGUGUCGUUUCCGAUGUCUUCUAGCUACACGAGUGGUGCAGGCACGUCGUGAGGCUCGUGCGGUGACACGCAUCUCCACAGCUUGGCGUCGAUCGACUACUCAAUGGAAGUACCGCAAGCUGUGUAGUGCCACAUUGGCGCUUCAAUGCGCGCUGCGUGCACGCUCCGCUAGACAAGUAUUGAAGGUGAAGCGUGAAGAGAGCAGGAAUGUGGCCAAGCUGAAGGAAGACAACGCUCAACUUAAGGACGAAGUGGCUGAAUUACGUCGACAGAUGCAGGUCUUGGUGGCUCUGAGUGCCAGUAAAGAGCGUCAACAGCAACCGUUCCCUUCGUUCAAUUUUGCUAAAGAUCCUGCGCACAAGUCGCCACACAAGGCUGUUGUGCUCUCCUCAGAGAAUGAAAAUGGUCCUGUUGAAGACGAUAACAACCAACGUGACUGUGAGAAUCAAUUGGAGCUGGAACUAUCGGACGAUCUCUUAACAAUGGACACUGGAGGGAACCCCAACGCUGCAGAUGGUCGUGACAUCGGCUGUGUUGUGGAUCUGUCGUACAGUCAGCAGAAGCCCAAACUGCAGACUCCCAACUCACGUCGGACUCGCCAAUUCAGACUACCACCGACGCUAGAACCAGCGAACGAAGCAGCAGAAAUAGACAAGACGCCACCUGCGUCACCUCGUGGCUCUCGCUCUCGUGAUCGACGCCACAGCUUGGAUUUGUGGCGACUACAGGAAGCGGAGGCUCAGAAGGAAGUCUCGCAACUGCGUGAAGAGAUCCGAGAGGCCGCUGCUGACGAACCUUCGCCAGAACGUCAACAGCAGCAAGAAAUUGCGCUCCAGAAGCUGGUGGCGUCACAAAUCAAGCGCAAAACGAUGCAGUUGCAACUGCAGUUGCCUGAACUUGACUUGAAGGUGGAUAACAAUGCCAUCGAUGCAGGUCCAGCCUCGUGCAUAAGCCAGCGCCGUUCACGCGCUGUUGAUAGUCCGCUUCGGAUUCCUGCGCCUUUGACCUCAUGUGGUCGACAAGGUCCGUCUCGUUGGAACUUUGCAGUACCGCACAGCAUGACGCACGCUACAAGCAGUCGUAUGUCAGGUUACUUUGACAGUCCGAGCUACGAUGAUCGCUCCGUAGACGGCGAGGAAGAUCUGUUCAGCCGAGGUCGUCACCCGAUACCCAGACGUUCAGCAUCUACUGGUAUGUACCGUAAGCGGUCGUCGUCGAACUCUUCUUCGUGCUACGCGACGCCGUCUGUGACAGUUCGUCCCGGAGCUGUUGUGCCUCGUUUCGCCAAGGCCCCGACCUGCUUCGAGUGCGACUGCACCUUCAAUCUUCUCGUGCGUCGUCACCACUGUCGUCAAUGUGGCAACUCGUUCUGCUACGAACACUCGACACGUCAACUAGCUCUUCCUCACUUGGGUUACAUGGCGGCCCAACGUGUGUGCGACGCCUGCUUCGAGGAUCAUAUGCAAGCCAUGACGUCGCUAAAGUUGCCGUCGCAUAUACGCAACCCGACGGACGAAUUGUCUUCCUUCGCUAGCUCACCACGAGGCCUUGACAGCAACCACAGCGACUGUGGCUUUGAGAGUCCAACUGAGGCUGCAGCUCGAGUUGCUCCGUUGCAUACACAAUUUCCUUUUGUUAGUAAAUAG